CCUAGGCUGAAAUAAAUUAACGUUUCGUAUAAAAUCAAUCAGCAGCAAAAGCCAAAGAAAACAAGAAUAUAGCCAUAUAAUAUAAAGCUAGGCAUAUAGAAGUGCAUUUAGAGCAAGAGCAUUAAUCGCUUGUUACCUGCGUGCUGUGGGUGUGCGUGCGUGUGUGUGUGUUUUUUUGUAGGUGCGUGCGUUGUGAGCUGCGCCUGUGUUUGUGUGUGCUUUGUUCUAUAAGAGCCGCUGGUGUGUGGAAAUGGCGAAGAAAACCUACGAUUUGCUUUUUAAACUGUUGCUAAUUGGCGAUUCGGGUGUUGGCAAGACCUGCAUAUUAUUUCGCUUCUCCGAUGAUGCCUUCACCUCGACCUUCAUAUCGACCAUAGGAAUUGAUUUCAAAAUCAAAACCGUGGAACUGAGGGGCAAAAAGAUCAAACUGCAAAUAUGGGACACGGCCGGCCAGGAGAGAUUCCACACAAUAACCACAUCGUAUUAUCGCGGUGCGAUGGGCAUCAUGCUCGUCUAUGACAUAACGAACGAAAAGAGUUUCGAGAAUAUCGUCAAAUGGCUACGGAACAUAGAUGAGCAUGCAAACGAGGAUGUCGAGAAGAUGAUACUGGGCAACAAAUGCGAUAUGACGGACAAGCGUGUGGUGAACAAAGAGCGCGGCGAGGCGAUUGCCCGUGAGCAUGGCAUACGCUUCAUGGAAACAUCCGCCAAGUCGAACAUCAACAUUGAGCGUGCUUUUUGCGAGCUUGCCGAGGCCAUAUUGGAUAAGACUGCUGGAAAGGAGGCGGCCGAGAAUCCAGAGCGUGUCGUCAUCGAUCGCCGGAAUAAUGACAAGGCGCCGGGCUACAGCAAAUGCUGUGCGUAAAACGGGGCAAAGCAGUGGCCCUGAGGCCCGUUGGUCAGGGCUCUCUCUGCCGUGGCCGUGGCGUGUGUUUAGCUGUGCGAUGCGAGAUGAGUUAUGGUGGGGAUCGGUUUUAGAAACUGCUCCACACACACACACACGCAAAAUGAAGCAAUAAAACACAGAGCGGGGCCAGAUGGAGAGAGAGGAGAGAAAUUACUUACUACAACAAAAUAUGCAGGAGGAACAACACAACAAGCGAACAAGCAACAGCAAACCGCAAA